UCAAACUAUGAUAUUCAUAUGACUGGCUGCACUCUACACUUUGUGCAUUGCCUUUUUAAGGAGCUGUGGCUCUUUAGCUAGCCUAUCACCAGCCUAUAAGCAUAAACGCACUCUGCACAUAUCUCUAAUUGUCAUUUGCCAGCAAACAAGAGUCAGUUACUGGUUUGCUAAGUGCGCCUGUGGUGUUUGAAAAUUGUUCUUUUGAACCUCCUCGAUCUUACCUAAAGCCAACCACUCCUACACAUCCAACUCUUCCAAAUUGAUAUAUGACAAUAUCUACUUUCGAUCACGUGUCUACGGGGCGACUUAGACGGAUUGCGCGUCAUCUCGCCUUCCCAAAUUUUUCCCUUCUGCUGCAGCUCGAAUCCAAAACAUCUAUCUAUAGUGCCGAGUACGAGAGAGAGAAAGAUGUUUAACUCGGUGAAUCUGGGCAACUUCUGCUCCCAGACGCGCAAAGACCGGACAUCCGAGUUUGGGGACAGGACGGGCUGCGCGUCCAACAUCUACCUCCCCAGCUGCACCUACUACGUCCCCGAGUUUUCCGCCGUCUCCUCGUUUCUUCCGCAGGCCCCGUCGCGGCAGAUCAGCUACCCUUAUUCCACAAAUCUGUCACAAGUACCGCCGGUACGGGAAGUUUCUUACGGCUUGGACCCCGCCAGCAAAUGGCACCACAGGAGCAACUAUGCAUCGUGCUACUCGGGAGAGGACCUGGUGCAUAGGGACUGUCUUCCACCAUCCACCAUGACAGAAAUGCUCAUGAAGAAUGAAAGCGUGUACAGCCACCACCAUCACCAUCACAGCCAUCCGGGCUCCAAUCACCCCUCUACGGGUUUUUACUCCGGCGUGCACGGGAAAAACAACGUCCUUCCGCAAGGUUUCGACCGCUUUUUCGAGACCGCGUACUGCAGCAGCACGGACAAUCAGUCGGACAAUUGUUUACAAAAGGGCGAGGGGGGCAAGCUGGAAAGCGACUCCCCGACACACCAGCAGCAGCAGCAGCAGCAGCAGCAGCAGACCACAGCCCCCGUCCCCGGAGCCCCGGAGCAGGAAAAGGAGCCCGACGAUGAGGAGGAACACACAAAUUCGGGCUCUUGCACGUCUUCCUCCGCCACAACCAAGGACGGCAGCGCCAACAAGAGCAGCCACUCGAGCGUCCCUCGAACAAGGAAGAAGAGGUGUCCCUACUCCAAGUUUCAAAUUCGAGAGUUGGAGCGGGAAUUCUUCUUUAACGUUUACAUCAACAAAGAGAAAAGGCUUCAGCUUUCCCGAAUGUUAAACCUCACCGACCGCCAGGUUAAAAUUUGGUUUCAGAAUAGAAGAAUGAAAGAGAAGAAAUUGAGCAGGGAUCGCCUGCAGUACUUCUCUGGAAACCCUCUGUUGUGAACAGAGCAGAGCCACGGUCCUGGACAGUGGCAUCAAGGCCUUCUCCUAUCUCAAUGAGCUGUAACCGUGGGCAUAAUGCUUUUUCUUCUUUUUCUAAAGGAGCCCAUAUCACCAACAGUGCAAUGUUUUAAAGUGGACAGCGGAAGAAAAUAAGCCUGCAUGGGACACAGUCUCCAUUUUCUUAUUGCCCCACUGGCGGCGAUCAAUUUCUCGCUGGUCCGCGGAAAAGGCCAUCAUGGUUAGAAUAAUCAUUUAUAUGCUGUUCUUGAAUAUGUCAUCCUAUUUAUCACAAUCCCCCCCUGUUGUGUUUAUUCUACUGUUCAUAUAGAAGUCUUUGUUCAAAUAUCAAAUGUAACAAACAAAGUUUGAACCCUUAUUGCGCAGACAACUUUUAGCUCUUAUCCCCCCCCCCCUCACCCCCCUCAAUCCAUCCCCUCUGGUCUGUGUAUAUAGCAUAUCAUUAUCUAAUUAUUUCUCGACCAGAGCAUGGACAAGAUUUAGAAAAUUUCUAAGGUGGAUUUUUUUCGUCCUUGAGAACUGUGACGUCCAAUCUGUGAAAGUAUAUCCCCUGUACAGAGUAGCCUAUGCAAUAUGCAUUCGUGACUGUAAAUAGGCGUUGAAUCCCCCCCCCCUCCUUCUUUUAUCCCUGCUGCUAUUUUUCAGUACACUGCCCGUACAACUUUAAUAGCUUUAACGCCAAUUCUCGUUAAAUUAUUUGCUUCAAACAUCGGUGCUUCGGAUCUCAGAGAGGAUGAACAGAUUGUCAGCCUGUGUAUCAUUAAACAUAAUACCUGAAUAAACAGAAACAUAGAGGCAAAACGCAA